AUCCAUUGCUUGCUUAUGUACAAUUUAAAAUCAAGAUCAAUUGUUUAAAUUGUCCUGUGUUUGUGUGUGUGUGUGAGAGAGAGAGAGGGAGAGGGGGAGAGAGACACAGAGAGAGAACUGUUCAAGGAAAUGCCUUUGUUGUUUCACUUUGGUUUACAGGCUCUGCACAAAUUGUCAGUUGGAUUUAAGGCCAAUUCUUGCACCAAAAUCAGCACUGUGGCCCUUUGGCAUCUCUCUCCUUCCAUGCACAGACAGACUUAAUGAAACAAUAGCCUAGCAACAGUGGUGGGGAACGAGACAAACCAUUGGCCUGUAAUUUGAGCCUGGUUUCACAGACCCUUUUGUGCCUGUUUCCUUGGACACCAGAAGCAGGAAGUGAUAAGUUAUACCAAGCACCUCCAACAAUCCUGCACCGGGGCUUGCCUUUACAUGCAGGCUAUGAGGGGCCUACUAACUAGCCAGGAACAGGAUGGCUGGAGGGAACUGAUUAACAAGGAGGUUUUCUGCAGGAUCAGCUGGAAGGCAAAAUAUGGACGAAAAUACCCUCAGCGCCUGCCUGAUCAUGGCAUCACCAGGAAAAAGUGUUUGCUGCCUGAUAUCUACCUUCCAAAGGAGGACUCGAGCUCUAGAAAUCGAGAAGGAGCUUCCCAAAAGGAGGACCGCCAGGCACCAGCAGAAGAGAAGGUUAGGCUGAGUCUUCAGGAACCUCUUCCAGAGAUGAGGGUCCCAACCCCAGAGACCACACAGCUGCUAUAUAAGGGCUUCUCCUAUGAAGGCAAAGGAAGGCAGAAGUACCUCAAAGAGAGAAUGAUGAAGUCUCCUGAAGAAAAAUUUUGGUACCCAGUGCUGUCUUCGUGGGAGUAUGGUUGGCGCUUAGGAGACACCAUUAAGGACAUCAGGACGCCAGUUCAUGGAAAAUCUUGCAUUGUAAAGGAUACUUUCUACUUCAAAAAUGGGACCUUCUACACUCCAUCCAAAACUGACAAAUUAGCAUAAAUACUGGCUGAAAAAAGAAAAAAAAUGUUUUACUACGUUGCUAUAUGAGUGCUUAUUGCGAUAGUAAAUCAGAAGCUCUGCAUAAAUCUGGAUCCAGAUUUAAUCAUACUUGGAGUCAACCUAUUUAAACCAGUGAGGUCUAAAGGAAUCAUGGUUAAUGUUCCACUGAUUUCAAUGACACUGUCUUAAGUUUGAUCAUAUGCAGAUCCACUGUAUCUCAUUGCCUCUAUUCACAAUUUUUAUUAGCCUCUUUGUUAUGUGCAAUAUUGUCUAUACAAUGGAUUCAUUCUCUCUUUCACACACACACACACAUAUACUGCGCACACAAAGAUAUUUUAUGCAAAAUAUAAAGACAGACUCCUGGGAGUAGGUAAUUCUUCAACAUUCAGGCUAUAAAAGAGCUGAAAGUAAGGCACUUUCAUUAGUGCCUUAAACCAAAGAUAGUCUAUUCAGUUUAGAACUCAGUGUUCUAUAGGAUAAUAGAGAUUUUUUUUUUAAAAAAAGAAACAUCUCUUGCUUGUUAUGCUGAAGGAACAAAGAAAUGAAUAAACAAAAAAUAUGCACAGCACCCCCCCCCAAUAAUGAGUUUUUCAGUUGCAGUUUCCAUUGUCUUUAUGAAACUAAGGAAACAUUGUCAAUGUCAGCAUAAUGUCAGGAUUAUGUUCUGCAAGUUGACUAGGCAAUCAUUUACAAAGGAAAGAAAGAAAGGAAAGGAAAAAAGGAGGAAAGGAAAGGAAAAAAGGGAAGGGAAGGAGAAAAGAAAGGAAAGGAAGGAAAGGAAAGGAAAGGAAAGGAAAGGAAAGGAAAGGAAAAUGGGAAGGGAAGGAGAAAGGAAAGGAAAGGAAAGGAAAGGAAAAAGGAAAGGAAAGGAAAGGAAAGGAAAAUGGGAAGGGAAGGAGAAAGGAAAGGAAAGGAAAGGAAAGGAAAAAGGAAAGGAAAGGAAAGGAAAGGAAAAGAAAGGAAAAAAGGGA